GGGGGCGGCACCAUGGAGGCGGCGGGGCAGAGCGGCGCCGCGAUGGCGGGCGCGGCGGCGGAGGAGCGGGGGUACGAGGCGGUGCUGUGCGUGAAGCCGGCCGUGCACGUGUACCGCCUGCCGCCGCGGGCCUCCAACCGCGGAUACAGGGCUGCGGAGUGGCAGCUGGAGCAGCCGGCGUGGAGCGGCAGGCUCCGGGUCACCGCCAGGGGCAGCGUCGCCUUCAUCAAGCUGGAGGAUAAGACCUCGGGGGAGCUUUUUGCCCAGGCACCAGUGGAGCAGUUCCCCGGCAUCGCUGUGGAGAGUGUGACAGACUCCAGCAGAUACUUCGUCAUCCGGAUCGAAGAUGGGAACGGCCGCCGUGCUUUCAUCGGAGUUGGCUUUGUCGACCGAGGGGAUGCUUUUGACUUCAACGUGGCUCUCCAGGACCAUUUUAAGUGGGUGAGGCAGCAGAGCGAGCUGGCCAGGCAGGCCGAGAACCCCGACCAGGGCCCCAAACUGGAUCUGGGCUUCAAGGAGGGACAAACCAUCACACUCAACAUCGCGAACAUGAAGAAGAAAGAAGGAGCAACAGGGAACACCAGACCCCGGCCCGUGGCUCCCGGUGGUCUGAGCUUGCUCCCACCACCUCCUGGAGGGAAACCUCCUUCUGGAGAGCGCCCGUCUUCACACUCCACUGCCACCCAGCUCCCGGGCACCCCCAUCACAGACUCCCUCUUGUCCUGGCCACAGCCGCCUGCUGCUCCCUCUGCCACCACCAGUGACGUGUGGGGAGAUUUUGCCAAAGCUUCAGGGUCAGCUUCUACCCAGACGAACACAGGCUGGGUUCAGUUCUGAUCCCAUCCCCUUGGCUGCUCUUCCCCGCACGGGUGCUGGGAUCAUUGGGAUUCCUUCAGGACCAAAGCAGCAGCUUCAGGACACCCCACUCCUUGCCUUAAAUCCCGCCUGGCAUCCGAAUCCUGCACUAAAUGCCAGGAAGCAAACACACACGUGCCUUAAAACACUCCAUAUGGGUGCUCUCUGUCUUGGGGGGCUUUUCAGCCUGGAUCGCAGGAAACUUCCCGAGGCUUCUCCGUUGGGAAGAACAAGCCAUCACCUUCAUCACCUCCUCUUAAUAACAAGAGGGGGAGCGAGUGCUCCCAGCACUGCCCCACGCGAGGUGUAUUUUACUAAAGGUUUAUGUGUUAGAGCUGCUCCGUGUGUAUUUGGGCUGGAAAAACCCUUCCGUCAGCGGGAGCAUCCUCCUGGAUUCAUCUCACCUGCACGAUCCCAAUGACUGCAACGCUGAGCGUCGCCCUGAUCUUCUAUUGAGUGCUUACCUCCACGGUGCAGGAGGUGGGGAGCUGGACCACUGCUUUUCCAUGCUGGAAUUCCUCAUUUCUUGCUCUGGGAAGUUUGUUUUUCCUCCUUUAUUUUGGGAAGACACGUUUUUACUUCUUCAUUUUAUGAAGCAGUGAAGGACAGGACAUUGUUGGUCUCUUUGACAGAGCUGGGCUUGAGAUUCCUCUUUACACAAAUAAAUAUUUUCUUACCUA